CCUCCCUCGGUCGGACACGGACAAUGUAGGCGUGGUGUAGAUGUUUGCUAUGCCAGAGUUUCCGUAUGUUCGCAUGUAGCUCAAUUAGCUAAAUUAUAAGAGCGCUCAGCUAUUAUAAGAGUCUUUCUAACUUCGGUCAGAGUGAAAAAAAGAGGAUGGAAGACCGGCGUUUACUGCAAAAUAUUCGUAGACCACCCAAACUCAGCACACCUGUUCUAAUAAUCUCCAAACUAAUUGUGAUCGCUUUGCCCGUCGCUCAGGUAUCGAUUGGUGCAAUAUAUCUGCAGGAUUGUCCAAAGCAGCCCUAUAUCCCCAUCUAUCUGCUGGUGUCAGGUGUGUUUGCACUGAUGCUGGGCCUGUUGUCUUGCCUGCCAUGCGCUCAGGAGCCUGAGGAGGGCACUCAAACUCCUCUGAGCGGUCUCUGCACAGCCUGGAACUCACUGGUGUCCCUUUUCCUCUUCUGCUGGUUCAUCGCUGGUAAUGUAUGGAUCUACUCCAUUUACCAGCCUUCUUACACCCCUGACAAGGACCAGUAUUGCAAUAAAACGCUGUAUCUGUUCGCUUUCUGGACCACCACACUGGUCUAUAUUUUGCUGGGCGUCAUCUUCUUAGGUGGUUGCUGUAUGUUAUUCUGCAUGUGUUUGUUUGGAAGUCUGGGAUUAAGUAGAAAUGGGGAUGAUGAUGAUGUGUGAUUGAAAGGACCAACAGUCAAAGGAACACCUGAUGUUUUUAAAGUUUAUUCUUCUGUGCACUUUAGCAGUUUGAGGCUUACUAAUUUUUGCUGUAAUUUUGCACUAUUGAUAAGAGGCCAUUGGCAGUGAUUGGGAGUUUUUCUUAAGACGAGUGAGAACUUGUCCGAAUAAUUGCAUGGUUGCCUGUGUUGGAUUUUGCACUUAAGCAUAUGGUUAAAUGCUCAAUAAAGAAAAAGAGAUUCAUUCAUGAAUACAAAAGAUC